GCGGAGACACUCCGCCGUUAGCCUGAAGCACCAGCCCACAACAAGUAGCUUUAAGCUAACAACCGGGGGAACAAACACACCUCCACCGCGGAGCUCCGGGCUGCCGGGUCCCUGGUCGUGUUGGAUCCGAUCACAGCGGAGGUCUUCCACCUUCUCCUUCCUGUGACAAAUGUUAAGGCCAGUCAUCAGCCUGUCCAACAUCUGUUAGAGGCGGCAGGGUGAGGACGGGGGAGGCUGUUCCGGUUAGCUCUGCCAGGUUUAGUCUCAUGAGAGUGACCGUGCCAUCCAGGCACUGCCAGUGACCAGGGCUGUGGCUGUGGUGGGCCCGGCCCAGGAGGCCUUUUUGUACAUCCCUCCAGGCUCCCGCUGACCUGUGCUGCUCACACCAUGGAUCAACCGAGAGAUAAAUACGGGGAGCGGCCGGCCAGGAGCACUAAAGUUUCCCAGGGAAGCCGCAGCGGACACUCGUCACGACCAUCUGGCUCCUCCAGCUCCUCUGGGGUUCUCAUGGUGGGGCCAAACUUUCGUGUUGGCAAGAAGAUCGGAUGUGGAAACUUUGGUGAAUUGAAGCUCGGUAAAAAUCUCUACACCAACGAGUAUGUAGCUAUUAAACUGGAACCAGUGAAGUCGAGGGCACCACAGUUGCAUUUAGAGUACCGGUUCUACAAAACACUGGGAACCACAGCUGAAGGCGUGCCCCAGGUGUUUUACUUUGGGCCCUGUGGGAAAUACAAUGCCAUGGUUCUGGAGCUGCUGGGCCCCAGUCUAGAGGACCUAUUUGACCUUUGUGACAGGACCUUUUCACUGAAGACUGUCUUAAUGAUAGCUAUUCAGCUGAUUUCUCGAAUGGAGUACGUGCACUCUAAAAACCUCAUCUAUAGAGACGUGAAACCUGAAAACUUUCUCAUCGGACGGCAAGGGAAUAAAAAGGAACACAUCAUCCACAUCAUCGACUUUGGUCUGGCCAAAGAGUACAUCGACCCCGAGACCAAAAAACACAUUCCAUACAGGGAGCAUAAGAGCUUGACUGGCACUGCCCGGUAUAUGUCCAUCAAUACGCAUUUAGGCAAAGAGCAAAGCCGGAGAGAUGACCUGGAGGCUUUAGGCCACAUGUUCAUGUAUUUCCUUCGUGGGAGUCUACCAUGGCAAGGUCUAAAGGCCGACACGUUGAAAGAACGAUACCAGAAGAUCGGAGACACAAAACGAAACACUCCCAUCGAGGUCCUUUGUGAGAACUUCCCAGAGGAGAUGGCCACCUACCUGCGAUACGUGAGACGGUUGGACUUCUUUGAAAAGCCAGACUAUGAAUACCUGCGGACUCUGUUCACUGAACUGUUUGAGCGAAAAGGAUACACCUUCGACUACACUUACGACUGGGUUGGCAGGCAGAUACCCACACCAGUGGGGUCUGUCCACAUAGACUCUGGAGCAUCUGCUGUGACGAGAGAGAGCCAUCCUCACAGAGACCGGCCCUCACAGCAUCCACCAAUCAGAAACCAGACAGCGGUCUCAGAUCGACGAGGAGCAUGGGAGGUGCAGCCCACACGCCAAGCAAACUCCUCCUAUCUGACCUCCCACCUGGCAGCGGACAGGCACGGGGGCUCAGUGCAGGUGGUCAGCUCGACCAACGGGGAGCUGAACGCCGACGAUCCGCUGGCGGUUCAUUCCAACGCUCCCAUUACAGCUCAGGCAGAGGUGGAAGUGGUCGACGAGGCCAAGUGCUGCUGCUUCUUCAAGCGAAAACGGAAGAAGAACACGCCGAGGCACAAAUGAUCAUUCACCACCGGCCUGAAACGCGUCCGGCUCAGUUGAUUGUGAUUUCAGAAAUCAAUAAGGUCCCCUUCAGAAUACAUUCGGGAGACAACUGAAAGAUCUUGAUUGAAUUGCUCUCUGGAGAGACCCGUUAAAAAUGGUUUGUUGAGAUGUACAAGAC